AUGGGGAUUUGGGGGCGUCACAAGCUAUUUGCAACUAUUUUGGUCUACUAUAAUCCAACAAAUCCAAGAUAUCUUUGGGAACAUUUUGAACAAGACAUGUCAUCUGAUUUUCAAUUAACUGAAGAUUCUCAAUCAAAUGUGAGAAUGCAAGUUUUACGCUCCAUCUCCAUGUCACUUGAAUCAAUGGGUAGAGACAUUAAUUCAUUCCAACUUCUUGAUCGAAACAUUCAUUUUGAUGAAGAUGAAUUUUUGUCCAGAGAGAUUGAUGAUGAACUAGCUGUUUUUAUUCCAGAAGAGGAUAUCACUGCAUCAACACUACUUAAUCGAGAGCAACAAAUUGUUUACAAUUUGGUUCUAGAAAAGAUUUUCUCAAAUCAAAGUGCUGCAUUUUUUAUAGAUGGGCCUGGCGGAACUGAAAAGACAUUUUUAUACAAGGCACUUCUUGCAACAAUAAGGUCAAGACAUUUAAUUGCUCUUGCAACUGCUUCAUCUGGUGUAGCUGCAUCAAUUCUACCUGGAGGUCGAACAGCACAUUCACGAUUUAAAAUACCUCUAGACAGUAACAAAAAUUCCAUAUGCAGUGUUAGCAAACAAAGUGGACUCGCAAAACUGCUACAAAUAUCAAAAUUGAUUAUAUGGGAUAAAGCUCCUAUGUCAAGAAAAGAAGCAAUAGAAGCAUUAGACAGAAUGUUGAAAGAUGUCAAUGAUUCAGAACUAUCUUUUGGUGGAAAAGUUGUUAUAUUUGGAGGAGAUUUUCGCCAAAUUUUACCUGUUGUUCCAAAAGGAACAAGACAACAACAAAUUGACGCUAGCUUGGUUUCUUCUUAUCUAUGGCCCACAUUAACAAAAAUUUGUCUGACUGAAAAUAUGCGCGCAAGAUUGGAUCCAGAUUUUUCAAACUAUAUAUUGGAAUUAGGUAAUGGAAUGCCACCAAUUACAAUCGAUGACUAUGUCAAAAUUCCUACAACCAUGUUAAUUCCAUAUCAGAAUGAUACUACUUCUUUGGAUCAAUUAUUAGAUGCUGUUUUUAAUGAUAUUUCAGAAUAUUCGGCAAAUAUUUCAAACAUGAUGAACCAUGCCAUAUUGACACCGAAGAACAGUUAUGUAGAUGAGAUAAACAAUUUGUUGAUACAGAGAUUUCCAGGAGAUAUCAAACAGUAUUACAGUUUUGAUGAAACAAUUGAUGCAUCUGAACAAGCAAUCAUGGAAGAUUUCUUAAAUACAUUGACUCCAAAUGGAUUCCCUCCACAUCAACUAUUGCUCAAACAGAAUUGUCCUAUCAUGUUGCUUCGAAAUAUUAAUCCUUCUGAAGGAUUAUGCAACGGAACACGGCUGAUUUGUCGUAAUUUUGAUCAUAACGUCAUUCAUGCAGAAAUUGCAAUUGGCCAUCAAACUGGCAAAAAAGUUUUCAUUCCAAGGAUCCCUUUUUUGCCCAAAUCAGAUGAAAAUAGUGGUUUUCCAUUCAAAAGAACUCAAUUUCCUAUCAGAUUAAGCUUUGCAAUGAGUAUAAAUAAAUCGCAAGGGCAAACGUUAGAUUUUGUUGGAAUAUAUUUACCUCAGCCAGUUUUUUCACAUGGACAGUUAUAUGUUGCUUUAUCAAGAGCGAAGACUAUUUCUGAAGUCAAAAUUUUAAUACGACCAAUCUCAAUGGAAGAACCAGAGAAUAAUUCUACAAAAAAUAUUGUAUAUACAGAAUUAUUAUCAAUUGCAGCUUCCGAUUGA